AUGGCCCCGUUCAACAUGAGAUGUGUAACUUGCGGAGAGUACAUCUACAAAGGUAAAAAGUUCAAUGCGCGCAAGGAAGACGUCGAGGGAAGUGAUUACUUGGGAAUAAGGAUCUACCGAUUUUACAUAAAGUGCACGAGGUGCCUGCAGGAGAUAUCUUUCAAAACAGACCCUCAGAACACAGACUACGAGAUCGAGGCUGGAGCUACGAGGAAUUUCAUGGCUCUGAAACUUGCUGAGGAGCAGGCUAAGCGCGAGGAGGAUGAAAAGAACGAGGAAGAGGCUUCUAAUCCGAUGAAACUCCUCGAGAAGAGGACUCAGCAGUCGAAGCAGGAGCUGGAGGUUCUUGAAUCGCUAGAAGACUUAAAGGAUCUGAAGAGCAGGCAGCAGACUAUCGACUACGAUCAGAUGCUUCAGCAAUAUGACACACAGGCUGACCGAGAGAGGACUUUAAAGGAGCAAGAGGAGCUCGAUGAGCAGGAGGUACAAUCAAUUUUUGGCAAAAGAAAAAAUAUUAUUAAUGGGAAAGUACUGGAGGAAAAAAUUUCGAUGAAAAAAGAAGAACAGGAAAAAAAAGAAGCUCCUCCCAGUAGCGGUCUGUCGUUACUGGGAGAAUAUUCUGAUAGCGAUAAUGAAGAAAACUAG